AUGACAAAGGCGGAGAGACUUCAGUUAAGGGAGGAGGCCAGGCGAAUGUUCUACCAUGCCUACGACGCGUACAUGGACAAGGCCUAUCCCGCCGAUGAGCUGAUGCCGCUCAGCUGCAAGGGCAGGUGGAGGGGGGUCACGCCCAGCCGCGGUGACAUGGACGACGUACUCGGAAAUUUCUCCCUGACGCUGGUGGACAGCAUGGACACGCUGGCGGUGAUGGGCGACUUCUCGGAGUUCAGCCGCGCCAUAAAGCUCAUCCUGAAGGACAUCGACUUCGACCAGGACAUCGUGGUGUCCGUAUUCGAGACCAACAUACGGGUGGUCGGGGGGCUGCUCUCGGCGCACGUGCUGGCCACCGCGCUCAAGGGCGAGGUGCCAGCCCUGGCCUGGUACGGGGGCGAGCUGCUGGCGCUGGCGGAGGACCUGGCCACCCGGCUGCUGCCCGCCUUCAACACCUCCACGGGCAUACCGCACGGCAGGGUGAACCUGAGGCGCGGGCUGGCCGGGCUGGCGGAGUCGCGCGAGACGUGCACCGCCUGCGCCGGCACCAUGAUCCUGGAGAUGGCCGCCCUCUCCAGGCUCACCGGCAACCCGGUGUUCGAGGACAAGGCGCACAGGGCGAUGGACCGCCUCUGGAAGAUCAGGCACAGGACGUCGGACCUGAUGGGCACCGUGGUGAACGUGCACACGGGCGACUGGGUGCGCAAGGAGUCGGGCGUGGGCGCCGGCAUCGACUCCUACUACGAGUACUGCCUCAAGGCGUACAUACUGCUCGGCGACGAGAAGUACCUGGCGCGCUUCAGCCGCCACUACAACGCCGUCAUGAAGUACAUCAGCCGGCCACCGGUCAUGCUGGCGGUGCACAUGCACAGGCCGCACCUGCAGUCGCGCAACUACAUGGACUCCCUGCUGGCGUUCUGGCCGGGGCUGCAGGUGCUCCUCGGCGACCUGAAGCCGGCCGUCGAGAUCCACGAGAUGCUCUACCAGGUGAUGCAGAGGCACACCUUCAUACCGGAGGCGUUCACGACCGACUUCCAGGUGCACUGGGGCCAGCACCCGCUGCGGCCCGAGUUCGUGGAGUCGACGUACUUCCUGCACCGCGCGACGGGCGACGAGCACUACCUGCGCGUGGGCGAGGCGGCGCUGCGCUCGCUGCAGCGGCACGCGCGCGUCCCGUGCGGCUACGCGGCGCUGGGCGACGUGCGCACGGGGGCGCGCGAGGACCGCAUGGACUCCUUCGUCCUCGCGGAGACCUUCAAGUACCUCUACAUGCUGUUCGCCGACGACGCGCGGCUGCCCGUGCGCCUCGAGGCCUACGUGCUCACCACCGAGGCGCACUUCCUGCCGCUCGCGCUCGCCGCGCGCCCCGCGCCCCACGCCCCCCACGCCCCCGCCGCCCCUCGCAUCGCCCCUCCGCCGGAGCACGACGCGCCCAACGCCUACCGCAAGACCUGCCCGAGCCCCCGCUCGCUGGUGGCGGCCGCGGUGCGGCGGCCCCUGCGCCGGCUGCUGGGCGCCGCGGGCCGGCCGCCGGCGCGGCUGCGCCCCUUCACCGAGCCGCAGCAGCUGCACGCCCUCGCCGACAUGGGCAUCUCGGCCAUCACGCUGCCCGACGGCAGGGUGCAACUGCUCUACGCCGUCACCACGGCGAAGUCGGCGAAGGACGCCGCCGAGGGGCUGACGUUCAUGCACGAGAUGUCCAAGUGGAACGCCCUUGGCGACACGGAGAACGGCGUGGUGCCGGCCGGCGUGCAGGUGGACGGGCGCGUGCUGCCGGCGGGGCCCGCGCACUUCGGCAAGGAGGUGCGCGCGGAGGAGCGGCUCCGCGGCGCGGCGGCCCUGGCGCGGCCCCUGGACGCGUGCGGGCCGCCGCUGAACGCGCACGAGCUGGCCGGCAAGUUCGCGGUGGCGGAGCGCGGCCGCUGCACGUUCGCGCAGAAGGUGCGCCACCUGCAGCAGGCCGGCGCGCGCCUCGCCAUCGUGCUCGACAACGUGCCCGGCUCCUCCCACUGGGCCACCGCCCUCUUCGCCAUGUCCGGCGACGGGGUGGACGACAUCCGCAUACCGGCCGUGUUCCUCUUCUCCGAGGAGAGCGCCCACCUCCUGGAGCAGCUGCGCAAGGACCCCGAGCAGCAGCUCACCGUCGGGGAGCUGAAGGCGAUGAGGCAGCAGGCGGACGGGGCCUGCGAGGGCGGCAGCUGCGAGACGGUGCUGGGCGCGGAGGGGCCGCCGGCGGACAAGGAGACCUUCGACCACCUGAAGAACGUGCUCAAGCAGCUGGUGGCCCAGUUCGAGGUGUCCCUCCCGGAGGGGGGCAGCUGCCCGGGCGCCGAGGGCGGCGGCAAGCAGGUGCACGUGGCCACGACCAAGUUCGUCAACGAGCCCGCCCCGGGGGGCCGCGGGGCGCCCCAGGCGGAGGGCGGGGGGCCGGGGGCAGGGGAGCGCGACCCCCCUCGGGACGACGGCGCCGCCGGGGGGGGGGACCUC